GCCACACUAGAUUCCAGAGUGUCUUGGUAAAGUCCUGGGUAGCUGCAUCCUUACGAAAGUGUGAAGAGCUGAAAUUAUGGAUCGUCUGCUGAGGAAAUGCCGAAUCAAGAGCAGCUUUGUCAGAGAGUGUCUGGCUGAACUUUUUGGAGUCUAUGUUUUGAUACUCUUUGGCUGUGGCUCAGUUGCCCAGGUGACAACCUCUCAAAACACUAAAGGCGACUACCUGUCAAUCAACCUCGGAUUUGCACUUGGCACUACAUUUGGGAUCUAUGUGGCAAAAGGGGUAUCAGGGGCUCACCUGAAUCCUGCGGUUUCCCUCAGCCUGUGUUUUCUGGGCAGGUUUUCCUGGACACGGCUUCCUUUUUAUGUGUGUUCACAGCUCUUGGGAGCAUUUCUGGCUGCAGGAACUGUUGCUCUUCAGUAUUAUGAUGCCAUAAUGCAUUUCAGCGAAGGGCAUCUGACAGUAAGUGGUGCCACUGCCACAGCUGGUAUCUUUUCAACCUACCCAGCAGACUACCUGAGUAUAUGGGGUGGAGUGGUAGACCAGAUAAUUGGCACAGCUGCCCUACUUGUGUGUGUUCUUGCACUGGGUGAUCGCCAUAACACCCCAGCACCUCCUGGUCUGGAGCCUGUCCUGGUAGGAGCAGUUGUCUUGGUGAUUGGCAUCUCAAUGGGAUCUAACAGUGGAUAUGCCAUCAACCCAGCACGAGACUUUGGGCCGAGACUUUUCUGUUAUAUUGCUGGCUGGGGUGACGAGGUGUUUAGAGCUGGACAUGGAUGGUGGUGGAUACCUUUGGUCGCAACAUGUGCAGGAGCUCUAGUUGGCUCAUUACUUUACGAGCUGCUCAUUGGAUAUUUCAAUGUUGACAAUUCAGCUAAGGAAAAAAUGCAAAUACAAACACUGAACUUAUUCACAUUUUCAAAUGCAACAACCAUACCAACUUUAAUGUACUGCAUUUAUACACAUUUAAAAUGUGCCUAUGUGCAUUUGUGAUUGAAAUGUAU